AUGUGGGAUCGCAUUUUGGAGGUGUGGAGAGAGAGUAUGGGGGCUGAAUGCAACUUUUCCAGAAAUAACAAUAGCCUACAACUCAAAUGGUCCAAAAUACAAGGUGCCGUAAGCAAAUUUCAUUCUCUGUAUGAGCGUUUAGAAAGACAUCCACAAAGCGGUACAAACUCGGAGGAUUUGAUAAUAACUUCUAUGAGGUCGUAUGAGGAUUUGCACGACACUCCUUUCAAAUUUAUUGAUUGUUGGAAAAUUUUGAUUAAAAAUCCCAAGUGGUGCUCUAAAGAACUUACAAAGGCUGCAACAUCAACGAAACAAGGGGUUGAGCACAAGAUGAGCACAAUGACAGGUGAAGCUAUGACAGCAAAUGGUGAUGGUGAUGUACCUGUAUCUACCAAUAUUGAUGGUAUUGAGCGGCCAGAAGGAAGGAAAAAAUGCAAAGAAAAAAAAAGAAAGCUAAAUGAGGAAAAGGGAGUUGUGGAUGCUUUAAACAAGUUGCAAUGCACUCUAGAGAAGCAAAUCAGCGUCAAUCAAGCAAACUUGGAGAUGAAACGAGAAAAUGAAGAGAAGGAGUUGAAAUUGCGGGAGGAGGUAAUGAGAAAAGAGCUUGAACUUAAAGAGAGAGCUCAAAAAAUGAAGGAGAAAAUGUAUAGGGUGAAGAUGAGGGAACAAAGGAGACAAGAGCAAGAUCGGCUUAUGAACCAAGAUCUUAGCAAGCUUUCACCAACUCGUCGAGCAUAUUACGAGCUUAGGAAGAUAGAGAUAUUGAAAGAGUUGGAAAAUGAAUCUCCUCGUGAGUCUAAUAUGGACUUAUGA